AUGAUUGGUCUCAAAGCAGUCAUUUCAGAAGGAUCCUCUCUGAGUGCCUUUUCAGAUCGAUUAAUUAAGCCACAAGUUACAAUCGUAGACUACACUGUAGCAGCAAUGUCAUCGUUCGAAGAGGAUGUUGAAUCAGCCAUUCCGGCCAUGUUCUAUAUGUUCGCAGGUGCAGAUGACUCCCAGACUGCAGCUGACAUUCCCAACAUUGAUGCAUUUGAUCUUCCUGAUCCAGAUGGAAAAUCUGGUGGCGCUUGCACUUCAGCUCUUUUGCAGGCUCUUUACCGGGAUGAAGGAGAGGAGAAUGUUACUUAUACAUGGCUGCAGACACUAGAGAUCAUGAGGGAGAAGAUUGAAGAUAUGGGACUUACGCAGCUGCCUCAGUUGUUAUCUUCUAGACCUAUUGAUGUCAACGAGGAGCUUUGCAUUGUACCACCAGAGUGUGAAGGCAUCAAACGAGCACUGCUGGUAGGCAUCAAUUAUGUCGACGAGGAAAACAAAUUGUCUGGAUGCCAUAACGACGUCCGCAACAUGAAAUAUUAUCUAAUGGAUUAUCUAGGAUUUGAGCGACAAAAUAUGCUCAUUCUGGAAGAUGAUGAUCUCCACCAUUUCCCCACGAAACAACUCAUUUUGGACGGGUUCCGAACGCUGGCACAGGUCAGUCAGCCGGGGGACAUUAUCUUUAUUCAUUUUUCAGGUCACGGAUCCAAGGUUGUAGACAGAGAAUCAAAUGGAGGAGACAGUUUUGAUGAAGUUUUGAUACCUGGUGACUACAGAGAUAGUGGACCCAUUUUCAAUGAUGAGAUAUAUCACUUAUUUGUGACUCAGGUACAGGCUGGGGUUCACGUAGUUGCCGUGAUUGAUUGUUGUCAUUCAGGAACCGCAGUGGACUUGCCAUAUCUUUGCCAGGCAGGUGAAGAAGAAAUCCACAUUGAUGAUGCAUUUAAAAUGCCCGUCGAUGGAAGUGGAGGCAUCAAGGAACGCUCAAUGAAGACAUCCGGAAAGAAAAAGAAGAAGAAGAAGAAGGACAAGGACAGUGGAGAGGAGGCACCCAAGAAGAAGAAGAAGAAGAAGAAGAAGCCAGUCGAAGGGGAAGAAGAUGCUCCACAAGACGAUGAAUAUGCCGAGGAAGAGCGAGAACCUGAUAGCGACAAGAAGAAGAAGAAACGAUUCUUUGGGUUUGGAAAGAAGAAAAAAUAA